UCUCUCUCUUUCUCUCCUUCCGCUCGGUCUAUCUCUAUCUUGCUCAAACCGAGCGAUACCCUCGUGAACUUGAAGUUGCUUGUUGACCAGUCUAUAACCAGUUGUUCCUGGCGAUACCUUCGGUGCAAUCACAUCUCAUCGAGAGCUCGGUGGCUGUAGAACGAUCCGAUCGAGACGCACAGACAGUCGUUGCACGUGUUUUGCAGGAAGCGCUAAAGUCAACAAUCAACCACCAUGAAACCGGCUAUCAACCGUACGGUGCUCGUUGCAUUGGUGCUGUUUGCCUGCCUGGCGUCCAUUGCCCAGGCCUACGUGUACAUCAUUCCCGACGCCAAAAGUCCAGAUCAAGAAGGUCAUUGCUACGAUGAAACGCUAAAAAUAUCCGUUCCCGUGAACGAAGUUCGACAGCGUCCGGAGAAAUGUGAAUCGAUGAGCUGUGGCAGUGACUACUCGCUGCAUGUGGCAGGGUGCGGAGUUAUUGGAGCUGGCCCGGGAAUGAUCAUUACCAAGACGGACUACUCGAAACCCUACCCAGACUGCUGCCCACACGUGGUGAUGACUUCGGAUAAUUUAGUAUGAGCGUAAGCUACAUCGCAAACGAAAUUGUCCCCACACAGUGUAAUCAGUUACCUCGUCAAGCAGCAGCAUACUUGAGAUCUAAAUAUAAAGCUCGUAGUUAUACAAAAUUGUUUAAAAAAAAA